UUCACUCUUGAUCUUCCUCGGGGUUUGUUUCGUUCAUCACGCUCCUUCGAAACUAUCUGAGGUGCCUGGGUCGAUUUUAAACGUUUACAAGAACCGCCUAAAUUGAUCGGGUUGGGCCAAAUACUACUUCAAUUGUUGCGGCAUACCGAAUAGCAUCCAACGACACACUCAACCACAGCUACGAUUGCAGUGCGUCCAUGGACGCGGUACCAUCCAUCCAUCCAUCCAUGCAACCAGCCAGGCAUCCUACUACUCCAUACCAACCCACCGAUCGCACUUGAAUUACCAUCGACGACAACACCCAUCAACCAACCAAAAAACUUAUCCUACCCGACCAACGGCCACCCGACGACCAAAGGUUUACAUCAGGGUACCUCGAUGUCAAGAUGGUCCGCAACAUCGUCAUCCUCUCGGGAACCUCCCACCCGGCCUUCGUCGAAUCCAUCGCCUCCAUUCUCGGCGUCCCGCCGUCGAGCAGAGUGCUGGCCAAGUUCUCGAGCGGGGAGACGCGGUGCGAAAUUCGGGACUCGGUGCGUGGCAAGGACGUGUAUAUUGUGCAGAGCUUCGGGGUCGGACCCUCACCCUCCUCCAGAUGCCGCCGCCGUGGUCAGCUCCGGAUAGGGGCCGGAAGGGAAGCUGAGGCUCUGACGGGGGAUGGUGUUGGUGGUGGUGGUGGUGGCGGUGAUGGGGAGGUCGACACUGAAAUUGGGGAGGAGGUGAAGGACGCUGAGGUGGCGAAGGAGGAAGGGGUGGAGGAGACGCACACGGUCAACGACUACUUUAUCGAGCUGUGCAUCAUGAUCUCGGCCUGCAAGACGGGCAGCGCAAAGAGGGUUACGGCGGUGCUGCCGCUGUUUCCUUACUCGCGUCAGCCGGAUUUGCCGUUCUCCCACGUCGGUGCGCCAAGGGUUGGGUUGUGGCAUCAGCAGGAGAAUGGGAACCGGUGUGGGAAGGUGGAUUACAUGUUUGAGAGCGUCCCUGUCACGCCGGGGCCGAAUAUCCCCAUGACGGCUGGGCUCGUAAAUGCGGGGGUUGACGUGACUGACAUGAUGGGAGGUGUGGCGUUGGGAAAGGAGACGCAAAGUGCGUCGAAGGAGACAGGGGAGAACGGACGGGCUUCUCCGGUUGCGGGCCACCGCCGGCAGCUGACGGGGAGCUAUACCACGCAUGACUACGAGAACCCAUCGUUGGUUAUGGCGCUGCAGGGGCAAAAGCAGUUCAUGGCGCAGGCUGGCUCGCUGGUGGCGGAUUUGCUGACCUGCGCCGGGGCUGACCGGAUCCUCACCUGUGAUUUGCACGAGAGUUCCUACCAAGGUUUCUUUGACAUUCCAGUUGACAACCUCUAUGCUCGCCCGCUCCUGCAGCGCUACAUCCAGCGAAAGAUCCCCAACUACCGCGAGGCAGUCAUCGUCAGCCCCGAUGCAGGCGGCGCCAAACGCGCCACUGCCAUAGCCGACAACCUCGGGCUUGCCUUUGCGCUCAUCCACAAAGAACGCCGCCCGCCCAAAAUCUCCGAGACACCUAAAGCAACCAUGAUGCUCGUCGGUGACGUGGCGUCGCGCGUCUGCAUCCUGAUCGACGACCUGGUCGACACAGCAAAGACCAUCACGAGAGCGGCCAAUCUGCUGAAGCGCGAGGGCGCCUUGCAGGUGAUUGCGCUGCUGACGCACGGCGUGAUGAGCGGCGAAGCGCUCGCGCGCAUCAACGCCUCGGCGCUCGAAAGAAUCGUCGUGACGAAUACCGUUCCGCAGGAGAAGCAUCGGGGGUUGUGCCCCAAGUUGGAGGUGCUGGAUGUCAGUGGCACAUUUGCCGAGGCGAUUCGGCGCGUGCAUCAUGGCGAGAGCGUCAGUAUGUUGUUUCAGUAUGACUGAUCCAACUUGAUGAUGGAGGCAACUGGGUUGGAGAGAGGUCGGCCUGCGGUAUGGGCCAGAUAUGGAAGAAGAGUGCUCUUUGUAGCCUGUCGGCUUGAGGCUUACCGGGAUAGCGAAUACGGAUGGGACAGAGAUGUCGGAUGUUGCCGUGUUCUUUGUUACCCGGGAUAUCGGGGAAGGAGAUUGUCUGGUCUGGAAUACGAUAAUACGGAGAGGUAUUCCGGCCAGAGUUUAUAAUACCCCCGCUUCAAAAAGACAUCCCGAAGCCCUCAAGGUCAGAUCGAGCACGUCGCUUGAGCAGCUCCUAGUCUCUGGCUUCAUGACA